AUGGCCUUCAAACCAAGUAUGGUCACCAAAUCCAUGGCUGCAGCCUUAUUCACAAUUAUUGCGAUGGCUGCACUCGCAUCUGCAGCCACUGGUUUAGCUCAAUCUCCUGAACCAGACCGCAUUGUUAACCAAUGUAUGGCGAGGAUAUCUUCAAAGUGUGCAGUAUAUGCCACGGCCGAAAUGUAUCGCCAUGGUCAAUUGAAAGAAAAUGGAUGCUGCCUAGAAAUUUACCACAUGGGACAAUCUUGUCUUAACAUUGUGACAAAGCAUUUAAUCGAGACGCUUGUACCUAAGCUUCAAGGUGUUGAAAAACAAGAUUUUAUUGAGAAAAGCACACAAGUGUGGUAUCUUUGUGUCCCGGUUUAA